AUGUCGAGCAAAUACGCCUUCACAAAGGGCCUCAAGGAGGUCCGCUUCCUCUUCUGCCAGACUGGCGAGCAGAGCGCGGCCACGCGUACAUUCCUCACCCGUGCGUACCCGACGAUGAAGAAGAACAACCCGAACACGCCGAUACUUCUGCGCGAGGCCCAGGGCACGUUGCCCAAGAUCUAUGCCCGCUACGACCUUGGCCGCGAGACGAGCAAGACAUUGGAAGGCCUGACGGACAAGCAGAUUGAGGAUGUGGUUUCGAGCCUGGUCAAGAGCGAGGCCUAA